CGGAGCAGGAACGCCGCGGGAGUGGGUUCGCCGGUGGCCCUUCCGCAGCCGCGGCUCCGCCCGCUCGCCGGCGUCCUCCCCUCCCCACCCCCGCCCCGUCUCGACCCUCGCCGCUGGCCGCGGCGGGCUGCUGGGUCCGAGUCCCGCCUCUGCGCCCGGAGGACAUGCAGAAGAGAGAAUGAGCCAUAGGGACACGCUGGUGCAUCUGUUUGCCGGAGGAUGUGGUGGUACAGUGGGAGCUAUUAUGACAUGUCCACUGGAAGUUGUCAAGACACGGUUGCAGUCGUCUUCUGUGACACUUUACAUCUCUGAAGUUCAGCUGAACACCAUGGCUGGAGCCAGUGUCAACCGAGUAGUGUCCCCUGGGCCUCUCCAUUGUCUAAAGGUUAUCCUGGAAAAAGAGGGUCUUCGAUCAUUGUUUAGAGGAUUGGGCCCCAAUUUGGUGGGGGUGGCCCCCUCCAGAGCAAUAUACUUUGCUGCUUACUCAAACUGCAAGGAAAAGUUGAAUGGUGUUUUUGAUCCUGAUUCUACCCAAGUACACAUGAUUUCAGCUGCAAUGGCAGGUUUUACUGCAAUCACUGCAACGAACCCCAUUUGGCUUAUAAAGACUCGGUUACAGCUUGAUGCAAGAAGUCGUGGGGAAAAGCAAAUGGGUGCUUUUGAAUGUGUUCGUAAGGUAUAUCAGACAGAUGGACUGAGAGGAUUUUAUAGAGGCAUGUCUGCCUCAUAUGCCGGCAUAUCAGAGACAGUUAUCCACUUCGUGAUUUAUGAAAGUAUAAAGCAAAAACUACUGGAAUGUAAGACUGCAUCUAUGAUGGAAAGUGAUGAAGAGUCUGUGAAAGAAGCAUCAGAUUUUGUGAGAAUGAUGCUAGCUGCUGCCACCUCCAAAACCUGUGCCACAACCAUCGCGUAUCCACAUGAAGUUGUAAGAACAAGACUUCGUGAAGAAGGAACAAAAUACAGAUCUUUUUUUCAGACACUGUCUUUGAUUGUUCAAGAAGAAGGUUAUGGCUCCCUUUACCGUGGUCUAACAACUCAUCUGGUGAGGCAGAUUCCAAACACAGCCAUUAUGAUGGCCACCUAUGAACUGGUGGUCUACCUGCUCAACGGAUAGCAUCAGGGUGGCCAUGCUUCAGAGCAGGAGGAUCAGAUCACAGUGGACCAUGGAAGCUUGAAGCCAGCAAGGUGGACAGAAGGCAGUAGUUUGGAAGCAUGUAACUACAAUGGCUGAGUGGAAGUUUGGUUGUAGGAAGUAAGGUACCACAUUCAUCUUUCAGUGACAAAACCCUGGGCCACCUCUAAGAGAAUGCAUUGAAAAGCAUUCGUUUCUCAAAAUUGCCAUUUUCUCUGCCAUCAAUCACCAGCUAUGGUUUUGUUUUAUAGAUUUAUGGCAUUCAGAAUAUAGUGUUAAUUCAAUGAGCUCUCUCUCUCUCUCUCUUUUUUUUU